AUCGUCCGGAUUGGUGGUUCCCUCACAGAGAGAGCACGCGCGCCCGCGCACUAUUCACUUUCUUCGAGAAAACGAGCAAACGCAACGCGAGUUUUCUUCGGUGUUCUCGUUCUACCAUCGCCUUCGUUCGGUUCCGGUUUGUUUUCCUUCGUUUAUUUUGCGUUUUCGGUUCGGUUCUCGGUUCGCACAAAUCGGUUAAACGAGUGUGACAAGAAUUACCCACCCGAAGGGUGGUCGGUGAAUUGUUGGGGAAAUUUGGGGAAGGAAAAUUCACAUAUUUAAAAAAACCGGAGCAGCAAACAACAAUUGGUCGUGACCAUGAAACUCGGUCGGGAGCACCAGAAUUUACCGGUUCGGGAUAGCCGUUUUGCCUGUGGAUUCGAUUACGAAUAUCGAAAACUUCACCUGCAGUCAAAUAGAAGCAUCAAUUUCCCUACCGUACCAGGAGGAAAUUUUCCGAACGACAAUAGAAUCACUAAUAGUCAAGCUUCGUUAGAGCGUCUCAAUUAUACGCCAGCAGCAACUCCAACGAUAGAAAAUAAAUCAACAGCAAUUACACCAACGACAACAACAACAGCAACAAAAACGCUACCAGCGUCAAACUUCCUCGGCAAAACCGGUUGCAUCAGCUACGGAAUUAGCUACGCUACCGCUGACAGACGAAGGAACAAAACUGACAACAACAAUAACAGCAAUUGUCACCGAUGCUGCAUCAGCAGCGUUUGUCGAAGAAAUUCCUACGAAGAAGGUGGUAGAACCGUUUCUGACAAUCAAGUGCUGCAACAAAGACAACAACAAAAGUGGCUGCAGCAAAAUCCACCGGCAGCAGGAAUCGGAACAGGAUCUGGUGAAGGUGAUUGUUGUAGUUUCUAUUGCUUUCGUUGUUCUCCGUCUGACGGAACUGUCACUGAAUUGGUGAAGAGGGAAAGUAAGGGGAAACAGAAGCAGAAGAAGAAGAAGCCAUCGAAUUCUGGACGGGAAAAAUCGACCUCAACUUCCUCGUUCAUCGUUGCUGCAACGGAUCAGGUCUUCCUCAAGUUGGUCCGCCGGAUAGCUUCGUUGCGAGGAAAAUCUCCAACGCGCGACAAAGCGCCAAGCAGCAGACAGCAAAAGUUAACGAACAAAAAAUUGCCGAACGUCAAGCUAAAAUCCCGCGGAAGUGAGUCAUCGACCGGAAGUCGUAGCAACAGCGCCAAACUCCCUGUGGCACCGACGACCACCAAGAGAGCACGUUGCUCCGACACACCUCCAGCGUCCCUUGAGUGUGGAUAUACCUCGGCUGUCUGCGAAAAUCCCAACGGUGCCAAUUAUCGUGGUGUCGUGGAAUUUCCACCGGAAACAGCAGAAACCGUAGGACAUUGCGACGAAUUGAAAUUGAUUGGCUCGUCGUCGAUUGGUGGAAAUAACGAGAAUUGGGUGACCUCAGGUGAAAAUGACCGGGGAAAAAAUUGUGGCGCCAAUGAUGGCCGCAACGAAAACGAUGUUGUGAGCUCGCCUGACCCGAUUGGGAUUAGUGUUAGUUUUAGUGAAGCGGACUACGAAAGUCUUGUGGCAGAGUGUUGUCGCCUAUCGGAUCGACAAAAACGAGCGGAAGUAGAAGAACUGGUGCCGGAAGUGGUGAGUGGUGGUGAAUUAGCUACCGUUCUUGCUCCUUCCAAUAUGGGGGCCAAUGUGAGCUCCCGGCAUCAUCACAAUCACGACAAAGGACUCACCGGAAGGAGGGCGCAAUCGACUGAUAAUCUCAAGUCGGAUCAAACUCAGUCCUACCAGCAGUAUCAGUAUCAUCCUUACUUGAACAAUAACGUCAUUAGUAACAACAACAACAAUAACAACACCAACAAUAACCAGCAAACAACGACGUUGAAAUCAAUCCCCCCCGAUUUGGCGCCACAGGGGGACUUUUGCGAUGGCUUUCUGUCGGAGGCAGGAAGUAGCACAGGCACAGGAAACGGAUCCGGAAACGAUAGGCAGGCAACAAACAAUGGCUCCCGAGCCAUUCCGGGAGCAGUAGCUCCGGGAAUUUUGAAUCCUUGCGAUCGGAACAAAUUUUGCGGUAGCCUGCCAAACCAUCUGGAUGCGGACGAUGCCUGCGAGGCGAUUUUCAAACAGAACGAAUUCCUGCAAGCCCAUCUAAAAAACGUCCUGGCCAGUCAUCAGCAGCCGCAACCAGAAUACGGAACCGUUACAGGUUCUGGAGUAGGGCCAUUGGCUCUGGAUCAGACAGCCUUAUCGUUGAUGUCAACGUGCCCGGCAAACGUUUCUUCCCAAGCGAUGGCAAAUCAUAUUCCGCGGGAUCAGCAAAAUUCGUCGCCAUUCUGUUCCAGCUCCAGUGGCAAGGGAUCGACGGUUUCCUCGAUUGCGACCAGCGGAACCAUCCGGUGUGGGAGCUUCGGAGGAAGUUCCGGUACGACUGGAGAUCACCCGGAUGUGGCCCAGAUGAAGCUCCCACUGCAUCGAUUGGCGUCCUCGGAAAAAGCAGCCAUCGGAACCAGUUCAAGCAGCACCAACAACAACCCCAACCCAGUGUCCUCAUCUUCCUCAACGACAACAACCACCUCAACGACGCUCGAUACCGGCCUGGAUCAGGGAUACGGAAGUGAGCGGUCACCGGAAGACGAAAUGCCCCCGCCGCUGCUGCUGAUGCAUGAGGCCCAGUACAACGAGAUUCUGGCCAGUUCGCAGCAAACGCAACAGCCUCCGGUGAGCGUCGUUGAGCCAAACGAUUUGCAGCGCUUCUGGAACUACGAGAAGGCCGCGGCCAGCUUGAUUGCCAGCGGCGAGUACGGAUUCAUUACCAAAGAUACCGUCUUUCUGGUGCAAGUGCCGAAGGGAACCCGCGGUCUGGGCCUGUCCGUUUCCGGUGGAUCCGAUUCCAGUGCGUCGUUUCCGGGGCUGAUCAGGAUUAAGCGGCUGUUCCCGCAUCAGGCCGCCUGGGCAACGGGGAUGCUGCAGGCAGGAGACAUUUUGCUGGAGGCGAACGGAAUUCCGCUGACCGGGCUGACUAAUUGCGAAGCCCUGGAAGUUCUCCGUACGGCCCCGAACUACGUCACCCUGACGGUUUGCCGGCCCCGGGACGAGCAGUACCGGAAGCUUUCGCCCCCGAGUGAACCGCCGAAACCGCCGACGCGAACUGGUGCUGCCCCUAGUCUGGCCACUUCCGGUGGGGAACCGGAAGCAGCAGUAGGUACAGCAGGCCAGCAGGUAGUGCUGCCACCAUCGCCGCAGCUGUCCAUCGGCAGUUCCACCUCGUCGACGACCGCCGGAUGUGCCGGGCAACAGCAGCAGAUGCUUCAGCACCAGUACCAACUUCAGCAACAGCAACAGCAACAACAAAUGCAGCAGAUGCAGCAAUUUAGUCAGCAGCAAAUUAUGAUGAUGCCAUAUUAUUACCAGCAACACCAACAGCAACAGCAACAACAACAACAGCACUAUAUUUAUCCACCACAAAGUCUGACUUUUGCACCGCUGGACCCGCUGCAGACAAAUUUCAGUGGGGAGUUCGAGAUCAUCCUCACAAAACAGCAGGGCUCCCUAGGUUUCACCCUCCGCAAGGAAGACGAAUCCAUCCUGGGCCAUUACGUCCGAGCCUUGGUCCGGGAUCCGGCCCUCAACGACGGUCGUAUCAAACCCGGCGAUCGAAUAAUGGCCGUCAACGACAUUCCAAUCUCCCAGAUGACCCACGAGCAGGCAGUGAUAUUUCUCCGACAAUCGGCGGAUGUGGUUAAGUUGCGCCUCUACCGGGACCAAGCACAAACUCCCAUUUCCGCCCACAGUCCAACAAUCGGGGGUGAUCGCUGUUGCAACAGCGAGCUGGCCGAUGACCAGAUGUCUACGACCUCAACCGUUUGCGGUCACGGAUCCGGAAAGCCGAAACCGAAUUUGAGACCGGAAGCUUUGAACCUGCUGACGGAUUUGGCAUACAGGAAACAGAACUCGACUUGCAAUUCCGGUUCAACAAGUUCGUCGGCUCAAUCGAGUAACUCAUCGCCCCGGCGACUCCGCCGAGGUUUCCCACCUUCCAAGAAAACUUCCUUCGACAAUCACGGCUUCCAACAUUCCGGCGGCGAAACGUCCCAGUAUUCGGGUUCGGAAACUUCGACCAUCGUCAGCCAUCAGCAGCAACAGCAGAUGGUUCCUGGAGGACCAUUGGCUCCCGGGAUGCUUUACCAUAGCAGCUCCUGUCGGUCCUGUGGGGGCGGCCUAAGGACGGUGGCCAUGAUGCUUCCGGAGGAGGAAUCGUUGGACGAUUCGUACUACUGUGAUGAGGAAAUCGAGGCUGCUAGCUUGUACGACGAGGAUGGAGAUGAGGCGACGACGAAUGGUCAACGGAGGCCCAAUUAUUUGAACUUGGCCGGGGAAAGCGGGAGCACACCGAUGUCCUCCCGGAAGCCACGGUUUCAGUACUCCGUGGCCACAACGAACGCCUACGAGUUGAACAAUCUGGACAAUGCGGCACUUGAUGCGCCCACCCUGUACGGGUUGCCGCAUUCAACCGGAAGUUCCGGAGCGGGCCCCCCGGGUAGCUCUAGUUCCAACGACCAGUUCAUUAGCUUGCCCUGUGAAACAUUCCUGGUGGCGUGCAAAACCGAGCAGGAUCUGCACGACGAUUCCACCGAUGCCAUCUACGUGAAGCAUUUCGCCCACAAGUCGCCGCUCUAUUCGUCGGUUCAUGUGCCCCUCAAGGAUGGAACCAUGGCCGACAUGGUGGAUGCCGUCGAGAAAGGAGGUAAGAAAAGUCUGAUGAAAUGGAAGGGAGCCACCCUGAUGUCGGAGGAGGACGAUGAGACGGUUUCUACGAGUGCCAGCAAUGAAACGCCCAGUCAGGAUGGAGCGACAACCACCACAACAACUACGGAUAGCUCCUUUACCGGGACCCUAGAUAGUGGAAGUGCUGCUGAUGGAGACGGGGAUGGUACCCUGCAAGCUACCCCAACCGAUACGUUGGAAUCGAGCCUGGCGGCCACUCUAGGGACGGCCAGCACUACGACACCUACCACCGAGAGGGAUUUACUGUCGGCCGGUGGGUUUGGAGUCGAUGGUGAUGGAAAUAAGAUUUUCACUGUCGAACUGAACAAGGGCUGGAACAGCCGGUUGGGAUUCAGCUUACGACAGAACUCUUCCAGCGGUCGAACCGCAGUCAGUGCCAUCUACAGCGAAAGCGUCGCCGCCAAAGAUGGCCGGCUUCGAAUCGGAGAUCAACUACUUAUGGUCAACGACGAAUCGGUGGAAUCGAUGACUGCAGCCCAGGUCAUCAAUCUGCUACGGAUUAUCCGCGGAUCGAUUAGUCUCCGACUGUUGCGAGUGAGCAAUAAUAAUCAGGCUUCCGACUCAGAAAACAUUCCCAACAAUCUACAACUGCCGAGGACAGAAGCCGGAAGUCAGCAGCUGGAAGUGGUGCCACCACCGGAAGGAGGAACCCUCGAGGAUGUUCCUCCAGUGGAAUCGGCCACGGCAAGUCCAUCUCGGUCUGAAAGACAGGCUUAGGUUUUCAUUGAAACAAUCUCACUCUCAGGAUAAGCGCAUGAAAGAUCAAAACUGUUUAGGGACAGUGAAAAAUUAGGUGGUAAUGCCAUUCCAGUGCAAUAGUUGAUGAUAAUUUGCUACACGAGAUUUAAUGCGAAACUUGAAAUUUACAAUAAAUCUUGGGUUGAAAGAAAAAUAAACCUCCAAGGUUCCAAGGUGAUUGAUACGAAAAUUUGAAAUUUAUAAAAAUUAUUCCAAACAUUCGAAAUCGAGCUAGAAAAGGAGAUGCAUUUUUGUUAAAAAAAAACACCGAUCGAGCACACGAUAUUUUAGCAAAAAAAAAUCAAAUAGUCAAAAUGUAAGUAAAAUCCGAAAAACGUAAAUUCAAACCAAAAUACAUACCAAAAUAAUCUGAUAAGAAAAAAUCGAAGCAAAUUAGAAAAGUCACUAGCAAAAAAUUCAACCAAAAAAAAGUAAAGCGAAUGAAAUUUGCUUACGAUUGAGAUAAAACUAUAUGAUAGGUUAAAAAUAGAAAAUUAAAAUUUAAGAAAAAAAAAUAUAAAAACAAAUAAAACAAACUGGUCAUAAGAUUUUACCUAGAUAGUUUGAAAGAAGAGUGAUUGAGGAAAAAAUAAUCCGAUGGAAAUUCAUCCGAAUCCAAUCAGCGAAAACCAACCGAACUCGAAGUCGAAUGUGAUCCAAAUUCAAAAUUUGAGGAAUAAUUAGAGAAAUUCUAAACCAACCAAAAAAUUUAAAUAAUUGUACCUCGAGAGGGGGGAAAAAAUCUUUUGAAACUGUCUGCUUGCCAGCGAAGAGUCUAAUAAGUAUUCAAUAA